AUGGUUAACUCUAACCGGUUGUCAAUGUCUCUUUCUAAUGCUUCAUGUGCUGAACAAUUUGAUAAGUCCCCUCUCGCUACUCUUCAGUUCCCUGUUCUGAUCACCACCACCGCCUCCUUAUUCUCAGUGGCUGCCACUCUCACUACUCUUCAGUCCCCUCUCGCUACUCUUCAGUUCCCUGUUUUGAUCACCACCACCGCCUCCUUAUUCUCAGUGGCUGCCACUCUCGCUACUCUUCAGUUCCCUGUUCUGAUCACCACCACAGCCUCCUUAUUCUCAGUGGCUGCAACUCUCGCUACUCUUCAGUUCCCUGUUCUGAUCACCACCACCGCCUCCUUAUUCUCAGUGGCUGCCACUCUCGCUACUCUUCAGUCCCCUCUCGCUACUCUUCAGUUCCCUGUUCUGAUCACCACCACCGCCUCCUUAUUCUCAGUGGCUGCCACUCUCGCUACUCUUCAGUCCCCUCUCGCUACUCUUCAGUUCCCUGUUCUGAUCACCACCACCGCCUCCUUAUUCUCAGUGGCUGUCACUCUCGCUACUCUUCAGUCCCCUAUUCUAAUCACCACCACCGCCUCCUUUAAAUUCUCAGUGGCUGCCACUCUGGCUACUCUUCAGUCCCUUCUCGCUACUCUUCAAUUACCUAUUCAUUCUGAUCACCACCACCGCCUCCUUCCCGUCCUUCUUCGGCUGCUUCUUUCAUCUUUAUAUCUCACGCCCACAUAAAAAGAACAAAGAUAUACAGAAAAAGAACAAAGAUAUUUCAAAGAGAAGGAAGAUGCAAGCCCCAUUAUCACCAUGUGGAGGAGAUUGAAGGGACAGACCGCCCGGGUCCCCCUCCACCCCCAAGAGGUACAAAAAGAGGGGAGGCUAACUUGUUGCACAAGCCAAGUGUUAAUCAGGAGUACUGGAAGCUUUGAGAACCAGAUCAGACAUAGAGAUAUGGAGCAAGGUCCAAUGUCAGAUACGGCACCCGAGAGACGAGCCGACCUAAUUAGCCUCUU